UUUUUUUGGAGUUCUGUUUCUUUCUUUAUUUACGAUGACGUAGCGGUUGUCGACGACUCGAUACGGGAUACCUGAUUUCCUUGGGGCAUUACGAAUCGGUCACUCGGCGCAUUUGGAGUCUACGAUUUCGGACCGUCCUAUAUGUACUAUAUACCAUGGUCGAACUGGAUCUGGCUUCGGUUUUUCCUUCCCUAUCGGUUUUAUCGGACGCCUGGCAUCUCUCUUCUUCUGCCGGGCCACGUCUUCACCAAGGAGUGUCUGUGCCACUCCUUUUUCACCUCUUCAUCAACUCCACAGCAUUGGCCGCCGGGCGGGUAAUUUCUAAAAAAAGUCCGAUCCCUAUUCUCUGCAAUGGGGAGCCACCCUUUCCUAUUACAACUACUGGCCUAUUCGAUACACAAGGAUAUGAUUAUUGCCCUUUGAACUGUAUGACUUUGCGCCACUCACAAGUGGCGCUCGACGUGCAGCUCUUCCACCCCAAUUCUCCACGACUUUGGCUUCUUUGGCCGCCAUCUCUGCACCAUCAUCUCCUUACCGUUUUGUCGAUGCACCACACAUGCAAGUCGACCAUUCAUCAAAUAAUCUCACGGACAUACUCCCUCACCAUUAAGUCCGUAACCCUGAGCGUCUCUCUCUGCUCAUUCAACUGUUGAUCAUCGCUCGUCUCUACAGACAAAGCGAACCAGAUCAGGCUGGGUUGUGAAUAUGUUGCCCGCUUCCGACUCUUCCGUGCA